CUCCCAUCGUCCCGACCCGGUAGUCAACAGACCACGUUGCGAGCCUUGGAGACAUCGUAGAACUAGACCAGCUCCGGUACUCGUCUAGACGGCUGCGACUCUUCGUAGACGCUCACGGGCACAAGUGGCUGCUAUUAAUUCUAUUUAAAAUGGGUGUAAAGAAGAAGAAAGAAAUGCAAGUAACUGCGCUGACCAUUUGCCAUCAAGACCUUGAAACUUUGAGAUCUUUGGCUGAUGUGGAAGGAAAGAAUCUAGCUUCUUUGCUGUUACAUUGUGUACGGCUCACGGAUGGAGUGUCACAAAUCCAUUAUGUUAAACAGAUUGUGCCUUUAUUGGAGAAGGCAGAUAAAAAUGGCGCAUGUGAUCCCACUAUUCGAAGUUGUUUGGAUAUUUUAGCAGGCAUUUAUCUUUCUUUGAGUGUAAAGAAUCCCUUGAAGAAGGUCUUGGCAAGCUCACUAGAUGGCCUACCUGAAUUUUUUCUAACUGAGGCUAUACAAAGUUUUACUUCUCGUCUUCAGGAAGAAUUGAAUACUACUCAUCUAUAUUCUUAUAGGAAAGUAACUGACAAUAUAUCUUCUUGUAUGGAAAACUUUGACUUGGGUAGAGCAGGAGUUAAUAAUCUUCUUAAAAAUGUGCUUCAUUUUCUGCAGAAGAGUUUAAUUGAAAUCUCAGAAGAAAAUAGAAAAUUUGCUGGAAAUCAUAUAGUUCAAACGCAGUUGAUGAAUGACUUGUUGGUAGGCACUAGAGUUUCAGUGAUGUUAGUGCAGAAAAUACAAGACUUUCAGAGAAUUCAUUUGAAGACUUCUGGUUCUCCCACAUGGCAAAGUAUGUGUGGAUUGCUGAGUAUUUUCACCAAGUUUUUAAGCGAUGAUGACCUCUUACAGACAAUUCAGAGUACGUCUGGAUUAGCUGUUAUUCUUUUUAUUAAGGCUAUGUUUCAUCCCCCUGAAAAGAUUCCUGAUUUGAUUAGUAGUUUGCUUCUCCGUUCAGUGGACUGCACCAGCAUCCCCGACUGGUUUUUGAACUGCUGCAGGAGCCUCUGUUGUACUGAUGUCUCGCAGUCAACUCUCUUAUUCCUGUGUCAGGGGACACUCACCAUGUUGGACUGGCAGAAUGGGAAUAUGGGCCUGAGUGGGGAGGCCCUGCUCUUGAAUAUUGUGCAUGUCUUGUUCACCUUGAGUUCACAGAUCAAGGAAUCAACUCUGGAAUUGUUUCUGUCUAGAAUUUUGGCAUCCUGGACUAAUUCAGCCAUACAUGUCCUUGAAUCAAGUUCCCCAAGCCUAAAGGACAGUCUGAAUGGAAAUUCAAGUGUAGUUGGGAGACUUUUAGAAUACGUCUAUACCCACUGGGAACAUCCACUGGAUGCUUUGAGACACCAAACCAAAAUUAUAUUCAGAAAUAUUCUCCAAAUGCACCAGCUCACUAAAGAAAAGUCAGACUCUGAAGCAUCAGGUUUGGCUGCGGAUCGUUUCAUCUGUGAUCUGACUGAAAGUCUUCUGCGAUUGGAAUGGCAUGUGAAAGGGAAAUAUGCAUGCCUUGGUUGUUUAGUAGAUUACAUAGGAAUUGGACAUAUUUUGGCACUAGCUAAAACUAUUCCAUCACAAAUCUUAGAGGUGAUGGGAGACCAGUCCUUGGUACCUUAUGCAAGUGACCUCUUGGAAACCAUGUUCAGAAAUCAUAAGAGUCAUUUGAAGUCCCAGGCUGUCGACAGUACUUGGAUUGAUGAGUGGCAUGAGACUUGGGUUUCUCCUCUCCUUUUUAUACUGUGUGAAGGAAAUCUGGAUCAGAAAUCUUAUGUGAUUGAUUAUUACUUGCCAAAAUUAUUGAACUGUAGCCCUGAAAGCUUAAGCUACAUGGUAAAGAUUCUUCAAACUUCUGCUGAUGCUAAAACUGGGUCUUACAAUAGUAGAGGGGCUCUGGGAGCUUUGAUGGCAUGUCUGCGAACAGCUAGAGCUCAUGGACAUCUUCAGUCUGCAACUGAUGCUUGGAGGAACCUUGUGUCCAGUGCAAGAAUAAAACAAGGCUUAAUUCAUCAGCACUGCCAAGUACGGAUAGAUACAUUAGGCUUGCUUUGUGAAAGUAAUCGAAGCACAGAAAUCGUUUCCAUGGAAGAAAUGCAGUGGAUUCAAUUCUUUAUCACAUACAAUCUAAACAGUCAGUCCCCAGGAGUGCGACAGCAGAUUUGUUCUCUUCUUAAAAAGUUGUUUUGUAGGAUACAGGAAAGUUCUCAGGUGCUUUAUAAACUGGAGCAAAGUAGAUCCAAACAUGAAUCAGAUAAUGAGUUACCCAAACAGCACCCUUCUAUUUCUUUACAGCAAUAUAAGAAUUUCAUGUCAUCCAUUUGCAACCGUCUUUUUGAAGCACUGUUUCCUGGGUCUUCCUACCCAACUAGAUUUUCAGCUUUAACCAUUUUAGGCUCAAUAGCUGAAGUUUUUCCUGUCCCAGAAGGUCAAGUCCAAACAGUGUAUCAACUGAGUCAUGAUAUUGAUGUAGGUCGUUUCCAAACACUAAUGGAAUGUUUUACCAGCACUUUUGAAGAAGUGAAGAUUUUAGCAUUUGAUCUUCUAAUGAAGUUACCAAAAACAGUUGUACAAUUUCAGGAUUCAGAGAAACUGCAAGGCUUAUUCCAAGCAGCAUUGGAGCUCAGCUCAAGCACUAAACCAUACGACUGUGUGACAGCUUCCUACCUGUUGAAUUUCUUAAUCUGGCAGGAUGCCCUGCCCUCAUCUCUGUCUGCCUCCUUACAAACUCAGCAAGCUGUAUGUGGAGAUGGAGAUAAGUCUGCUAUUGUGGUGGAGAGGAACACAUUAAUGGUUAUCAAAUGCUUGUUGGAAAAUCUUGAGGAAGAAGUAUCUCUGGCUGAAAAUUCUCUCCUUCAGGCAGCAGCAUCAUUUCCACUGUAUGGGCGAGUUCACUGUAUAACGGGCGCUUUGCAGAGGUUAUCUCUAAACAGCCUACGGUUGGUGAGCGAAUGGAGACCUGUGGUAGAGAAGCUCCUUUUGAUGUCUUACAGGCUUUCUGCUGUGGUGUCUCCGGUCAUUCAGAGCUCCUCCCCAGAAGGCCUCAUCCCAAUGGACACUGAUUCAGAGUCAGCAAGCCGCUUACAGACGAUUCUGAGUGAGAUUCAACCACGAGAUACUAAUGAUUACUUCACUCAAGCCAAAAUACUCAAAGAACGUGAUAGCUUUGAUUUGGAGGACUUGAAUGCCAGUGUGCCAAAUAUUGGUGCUUCAGCAGAGAUCAAAGGUAAAGAAAGAAAAACAUGUGAUGUCACUGCUCAGAUGGUGCUGGUAUGUUGUUGGCGAAGUAUGAAGGAAGUUGCUUUACUUUUAGGCACACUGUGCCAGCUUCUUCCCAUGCAGUCCCUGCCAGAAUCUUCCAAUGGCUUACUGACAGUGGAGCAGGUAAAAGAAAUAGGAGAUUACUUUAAACAACACCUCUUACAGUCCAGGCACAGAGGAGCGUUUGAACUGGCUUACACUGGCUUUGUGAAACUUACUGAAAUACUAAACAGGUGCCCCAGUGUGAGUCUGCAAAAGCUACCAGAGCAGUGGUUAUGGGAUGUUUUAGAGGAAAUUAAAUGCAGUGAUCCUUCAUCUAAACUCUGUGCUACAAGGCGCAGUGCUGGAAUUCCUUUCUACAUACAGGCGCUAUUGGCAUCUGAACCUAAGAAAGGCAAAAUGGAUUUGUUGAAAAUAACAAUGAAAGAGUUAAUCACAUUGGCUGGGCCUACAGAUGACUCACGGAGCACAGUCUCCCAGGUUCAUGCUUUAAAUAUCCUUAGAGCCUUGUUCAGAGAUACACGUCUGGGAGAAAAUAUUAUUCCGUAUGUUGCUGACGGAGCUAAAGCUGCAAUUCUAGGCUUUACAUCACCAGUCUGGGCAGUGAGAAAUUCAUCCACACUUCUUUUUAGUACCUUGAUCACAAGAAUAUUUGGAGUUAAAAGAGGAAAGGAUGAACUCUCCAAAAAAAAUAGAAUGACAGGAAGUGAAUUCUUUUCUCGUUUCCCGGAACUCUAUCCCUUUCUUCUCCAACAGUUGGAAGCUGUAGCUAAUUCUGUGGACAGUGAUACAGGAGAACUCAACCGUCAUCCAAGCAUGUUUCUCUUACUUUUGGUGUUGGGAAGACUCUACCCUUCCCCGAUGGACGGCACCUAUUCUGCUCUCAGCAUGGCGCCUUUCAUUCCGUUCAUUAUGAGAUGUGGUCGCUCACCUGUCUACCGCUCCCGUGAAAUGGCAGCUCGUGCCUUGGUUCCAUUUGUUAUGGUAGAUGAAAUCCCCGCUACCAUCCGAACUCUGUUGGCCAAACUCCCCAACUGCACUGACCAGUGUUUCCGGCAAAACCAUAUUCAUGGGACACUUCUCCAGGUUUUUCAUUUGUUACAAGCCUGCACAGACUCCAAAUACAGACUGAAUGCAUACUUUCAGCAGCUGCUGGCUGACGUUGCUGUUUGUACCAGAGCCAAACUCUGGCUGGCCGAGAGGCAAAAUCCAUGUUUGGUGACCAGAGCUGUAUAUAUUGACAUUCUCUUCCUGUUGACUCGCUGCCUUGACAAACCCACGAAAGGCACAGAGCCAGCUGCGGAGCAUCUUAGCUUCUGGGAGGACGUCAGAAGGAUCAUCUCAGGAUCAGAGCUGAUAACGGGAUUCCCCUAUACCUUCACAGUGCCAGGCCUGCCCCAGUACCUCCAGAGCCUCACCAAACUAGCCAUCGCCACAGCAUGGGCUGUGGCGGCCCAAGCUGGAGAGCAGGCAGGGACCAUUCCCAUCUUCUUCUCUCAGCUAUUGGAGUCUUCUUUCCCUGAAGUGCGCCUGCUGACGUUAGAUGCCCUGCUGGAAAGGUUCUCGACAGCAGCCUCUGGAUUAGGAGAGAAGGGACUGCCACCCUUGCUGUGGAAUAUGGGAGGGACAUUCUUGAUGUUGGCUAUGAAGGAAAAUCACCCAGAGUGCUUCUGCAAGAUACUGAAGAUUCUCCAUUGCAUGGACCCCAGCGAGUGGCUUCCCCAGACGGAGGACUGUAUUCACCUCACCCCAAAGGAGUUCCUGAUCUGGACAAUGGAUAUUGCUUCCAGUGAAAGGUCUGAAAUUCAAAGUGUAGCUCUGAGACUUGCCUCCAGAGUGAUCGCCCACCACCUGCAGACGUGUGAGGAGACCAGGGACUCGGUGGCCCCCACACUGAAGUCGUGGGUUCAGUUGGUCGCCUUCUCCUGUGGAGAACACCUUCCCACAGAGUCCAGGCUGGCUGCUGCUGAAGCCCUCACCCGCACCACACCGUUCUUGCUCACCAGCCUCCAUCCCGUUCUUGGAUUGCAGGAUACACUUGCUCUCUGGAGAUGUGUCCUCACCCUCCUGCAGAGUGAGGAGCAAGCCGUCCGAGAUGCAGCCACGGGAACUGUAGUGACUGCCAUGUCACAAGGAAAUACCUACCAAUCAACAGGCUUGUUGUUGAAGAGAGGUUUCCUGUGGCCUCUCCAUUCCUCUCCCUCACCCCAGCCUUCUCCAGCCUCAGCCACCCCACUCCCAUCAGCCCAGGACCAUGGCCAGCAGAUGGUUUCCGAUGCCUUUGGGAGGUGGGCAGCAAUUCAAGGGUGUCCUGGCCACAAAGGACUGAUAGGAAAGGCCCUUGGAAACCUGGGAGUGAACUCAAUUUCAAGAUACAAAGUUUCCAGAAACUUUGAAAUCACAGAAUUUGCCUUCUGCCAGGUGGACGCUUCAAUUGCACUGCCUCUGGCCCUGGCUGUGCUGUGUGACCUGCUGCAGCAGUGGGACCAGCUGGCCCCUGGACUCCCAGUCCUGCUGGGAUGGCUGCUGGGAGAGGGUGAUGAUUUCAUGGUCCGCGUGGAAAGCAUGCAUCAGGUGGAAGACUACCUGUUUGAAAAAGCAGAGGUCAACUUUUGGGCUGAGACCCUAAUCUUUGUGAAAUACCUCUCUGAGCACCUCUUCCGGCUCCUCUCCAAGUCCAGCUGCAAUGCCCUCAGCCCCCAAAGCCUCCACCAUCUUCACAGAACAGCGUCAGAGCAGGGCCACCUCCUCUCCCAGCUCUUCAGAGAGCUGCCACCAGCUGCUGAAUUUUUGAAGACAGUGGAAUUCACGAGACUGCGCAUUCAGGAGGAGAGGACUUCGGCUUGCCUGAGGCUGCUGGCCCUUUUGGCAGGAAAGGAAAGGGAAGACACCCCCAUUCUCGGUGCUUCCGACUCUCCUGCAGAAGCGAAUCAGUUCACUCUUGUAAGAAAAGAAACGGCUUGUUGAAGAAAGAAGACUUUUGGGGGUGGGGUGGGGAUGGACUCUUCCCCCAUUCCCAUCUGCAGGGAACGUGUUGAACAUAAAUUCAAAUAUCGUCUUCCCUUUGUGAGUCUAGUCUUCUGUCCCUUCCUACAGAGGAAUUUUUCUUCAGUUCACCCAUUCAGGGCAGCCUGGUUUAUUGCAGCUACUGUAGGAAGUGAGGCUACCACAUUGAAUAUUGACUCUGUUCCCAGGUGCAGGCCACCUGCAGACCUGAAUUCGCCUUUUUCUUCCUCCACAACCUCCAACGUCCGGCCAUAGCCAGCCAGCAUUUUCUGUGAACUGACUGUACAAAACUGGAUUGUAACACAUGAUUUUCUCUUUUUUCCACUGGAUAGAAGAGCUGGAUUAGUUGGCAAACAGCCCACUGGAUCAGAAUUCCAAAUUUUAUUCCAUUUUAGCUAAAGCAAAAGUAGGUUCCGAAUGUUGGAUCCCGGGAGAAUUAGAGAUCAACUGCAUAGAAAUAGUUUUGUUUCCACUAUCUACGUGUGUGAGCCUGUGACGACCUGCACAUGCCAUCCGAAUUAUUAAAAGAGCUCCUAGCCACCAAGUGUUUGGGCUAAUGCUAGGAAACCUGAUUUUGCCACCCACUGAAAGCAUAGACCCUUGGCUGUUAGAAGGAAGCCCGGAGAAGGGAAAGCCAGAAUAAAUGAUUUAUUCGAUUCCUACAAUGUUUUGCUGUCAUUUUCUUGGUGGCAAUAACAAGAUUCUCAUUUAAGAUGUCAGAAAACACAUUUAUUCACUUUAGUGUUUGAAUCUAGACACCCGACGGGUUUCCUGCCUUUUCGAAGCCCGGCCCAGCCCUCUUCCUCUGAUACCCAGCAGGCGUCGCUCUUGCACACAUUUUGCUGCUGGCCCUGCCUUUCCUUGGCUUGCCAUUUUCUACUUACAAUUUCAGAAUAAGCGUUACCUGCAGACAGCUAUUUUGAAAUUCAUAGUUUGGAUUGGUCAUAAUCUCAUCUAUAUUCGUUUUUCAUCCUGAUUAUCAGAAAAAGCCAUUUUGGUAGUAAUAUGUAGAGUUGGUCCAGCUUUUAGGGUCUGUAAAUAUUUUUAAAUACUUCUCUGGUGAGCAGUCACUUUGGAAUUAUGUUAAAGGGGCAGUUUAGAGGAGAGAGGGUUUGAUAAAAUUUCUUACUGCAGAAAGGCUCGUGUUUCAAAUUUGCUUCUCUUUAAAAGAAAACCACCUACCACUAAAAACACAACCGUACUGGAAGUAUAGAGAAAGGAUCCAUAGGAAAAAGCAGGGAAUGAAGUGAACUUACUAAAGAGAACAGGAAAUUCCCUGGGUAGUUUUGCACUAUUCAGCUCAAAAUGUGGUAGGUUUUUUUUUGUGAUCCUGAAUUAAUUACCUGGUUGGGCAUCUGUGUAGCCCACACAUGAUGGAAAGUUGCCAGUCUAACAUUUCUUUUUGUUCUGAGCAGACCUGACUGGGUGAGAAGUCAGGGAAUCGUUGGCAUGAUGCAGUGAUGACCAUGGUUCAGUAACUAUGAAACUGGCCUCAGCAAAGCCCAACUCACUGGAAAAGACCAGCAUUCCUUUUUUCUCCACUUAAGAUGAAAUAAAAGCCAUUACAUAACAAUAAAAAUACUUUCUACCAGUGGGUACUCUGUACCAAA